AUGCAAUUUUUAGAAGUUUAAUUUUAUGCAAUUCUUAAAAAUAUUAAACAAAAAUCAAUUAUAAUUGAUUAUCUUUAUUCACGUUAACAAUAAAACCAUUGCAAUUAAUAUUUUUAAUCAACUGAUUUUAUUUUUGAUUAAAUAACUUAAAGUUAGCAAAAAUUUUAUUUAAAAAUAAUUAGUAUUAUUAAGUUUUUUGCUAACGAAUAGGUACGAAAUUUAGUAAUAAUAACUAAACUGGGAAUAAAAAAGAACUAAAUGUUUAAUAUUAAUUAAUCAAAGUUAAAUGUGUAGAGCGUCCUAAUAGACAAAGUGUUAUAAAAUAUAAGGGUUAACUAAUAAAAAAGAGGAAAAUAAUCCAGGAUUUUGCCUAUUGAAACUUGA